AGGUCUCCGUGUUUUCUGACGCUUGCCCGGGUUCGAAGCAGUUCUCCUGGGCAGUCUGGAUCGGUGUGUGUGUGUGUGUGUGUGGCCUGAUACUCCUCAGUCGACGCGUCAACGCUCGGGAGAUUUUCACACGCGAUCCUUUCCGCUCUGGAUGCGACGACGAAAUUCAACAAAAGCUCUUACUAAAUCAUGACGCUGAUGAACGGGGGUGUGUAAUUGCAGGAAUGGAGUAGAAAACCUUGGUGGCUCGUAUUGGGGCUGUUUCUGCGCCGGGAGAGCGUUCCGGGGCCGAUAAUUUCUCGGAAUCGGCAGUGAGUCACGCCCCCGGGAAUGGGCCAAGCCGCCUCCUCAACCCCCCGAUGGAGCCCGAGCUUCCCCCGGAACUCGCCCACCACCACGCAGCAGCAAGGGGCCCUCCCCUGCAACCCCCCUUUUCCCCCUGACUGCGAGAGCUACGUGUGUACGAUGUACUGUGUACUGCAUACAGACAAUGCUUUAUUUCGAUUGGCAUCGAGAAGCAUAACGAGCGUGCAGGAGGAGGGGUGGUGGUGGUGGUGGUGGUGGGGGGGCCUGCAGAACGACAAAGAGAACUGCACCUGGAGCCAGCAGAUGAUCGUACGAUCGCGAAAAAGGCAAUGAAAGAAAAAAAUAUUAAAAAAAAUGAGCAGAAAAAAAAGCGAAAAGCUGAACGGCGGGCGGCGGAAAGGCACAGCCAGUCACGAGGCUGCGUUUCAAUACGGGAGGCCCCCGGUGGCUUGGGUGCAGCGGGCCAAUCAGCGGGCUGCUAUUCCCCGAAUGCGGUAUGGCGGCCGUAACGGGUUUCGCGCGGGCUGGAAAUUUUCGCUCGAAGUCGAUUCGGAGCGCCGCAGCUCGAUGGCCGAUUUCAUUGUUGCAGGCUGCAGCUAUUAAUUGAUUUCAUAUUUUUUUUAUAAUUUUUAUCUUUUGACUUCUUCUUCUUCUUCUUUUUCCUUCUUCUUUCUCUCCUAGACCAAGACGACUUUCUUUGAAGUGACAUCUCGCUCCUCAAACACAGGACUCUCCUCUCUUGAUUUUCUUCAGGGAGAAUUUAAAAAGGAGAGUUGUUCUCGAGGUUGUGCCUCUCUGCCUCUUUCGCAGUGUUACUCGGAUCAAUCACGAAACAGGUCAAAAACUACCCAACCGUCCACCACUCGACCGCCAGACAGACCCAGCGCUGUCUCAAGCCCUCUUUUCUUCUUAACCCCUACAACCCUUUCUUAGCCAUUGUGUGCGCGUUCAUUGACGGCUAAGGGUCGUCAGAUGAACCUGCGAUUUCAGAACUCCCCGAGUGCAGAUAAUCUCCUCUUCAAUCUGGAGAGGAAUCCAAUUAGAUAAAUGGUUUUUAAGCCAUUUACCCACCUCGCGCGUCAAACCUUCUCCAAAACCUUCGCCCAUGGCUACGCUCAAUCCGUAGUUGCGGCCUCUCAGUCCUCCUAUGCAUCCUCCGCCACCUCCUUAAACCAGAUCACCUCCGUUCCCGGAAAGUUCACUCGCACUGCCCAGCUCCAGAGUGCUUUCCAGAAUGCCUCCGGCUCCUCCUCGAGCGCCGGCGCAAAGGCCGGCCAUGCAGCCUCGAACUACGCCUCCGCUGAUUCCGGCCUAGCGGCCUACUUUGCAGCAUGGCAGCUGGCGCAGCAGACCGGCGAAGAUGGGGACUGGAAACAGUACCAGUUUACCCGGAGAAUCGGCUGGAAGGCUGGUGCCAAGGAAUCCAAGGAAGAGGAGAGUAAGCCCGAGAGGGAGUCGGCGGACGAACAGGAUAGCGCUUCCUUGUCCCACUCCAGUCUGAAUGACGGUCGAAGCGUGAGAAGCGUCGAAAGCGCCCCCGUCGACAAGGACGUCAGCGCCAGGGUCGACGAGGCCGUUGCUCGCGAGAUCCAGCAGAUCCAGGAAGCAGCGGAAUUGACCGACUCGGCUUCCGUGGUUGAUUCUGCUGAGCUCCUCGAAUCCAAGGAGGCUACCAGCGCCGAGAUCACCCCCGUAACUUCGGUCGAGGAUGUUGCCCCUUCGCCCAAGGCUCCAAGAACCCCAAGGACCCCGGUCCGAGCCUUGAGAUCCACACAGGCCACGAACGAGGAGUCUAACCGGAUCGUCGAACUCGCCGCUGCCAGAUCCUUCUCCCAAGUCCCCGUCGCUUUCGAGAAGCUGCUGAAAGAUGGCGUGGUCCCGAGUAUCGGGGCAUAUAACGCUCUCCUGCAGGCAGCCAUUUACCUGCAUUCCGACGUCUACCACGCCGUUCCCAAGGCCCUCGACAUCUACUCCGACAUGAUCCGUCGAAAUGUGAUGCCAAACGAACAGACGUACCAGACACUGGUCCGUCUUCUAUCUACCCGUGCCCUGGACUGCCAACACAUGGUCCAAAAUCUCGAACAAGCGCGAAUUCGCUACGGAGGCAUGGACGAACCUGGAAAGUCCCUCUUCCGAUCAAGCGAGGUGGAGCAUGAACUCUUGACUGAGGAUCAUUCUCUCUCCAUCGCUCUGAAACUGUUUACGCUGGCCACUUCGCGCCACCACGGCAUCGUCUUUUCGCUCGACAUCUACCGCAGUCUCCUGACCGCGUGUGCGAUGAAGGGCGAGGUUGACAAGAUGAUACAGAUUUUCGCCCACAUGGAGAAAAACAAGGUUGCUCCACAUGCUGCUAUGUUUCCCCCGAUGAUCGACGCCUUUGCUGCAGGCGGCGAUCUGAAGAGCGCCGUUGAAUGUUACAAUGAAUACAGGACCUUGGCCAUCGCGGAUGACAGCGGAGUCUUCGGUGUUGUCGACAGAAAAGACGGCGAAGUUUAUGCCGCUGUGGUCAAAGCUUACAUGAACUGCGGUAAAACCGAUGGCGCUCUUCGAUUUUUCGACAAGAUCAGAACCUCCUUUGACGGAGUUGAGAACCGGGAGCAGAGACUCAAGGUUGUAGAAGAUGUGAUCGUGAAGGACGGCAUGGUUCAGCACUCCAUCAAGGCCGGCAAUUUCGUUGAGGCCCUCAAGACUGCUCAGAACCGUCUUGGUGGAGAAUCUCUACGAUCCGCCGUUUUGAAAAUCUGCGAGAGCGCAGCGGAUGCGGGGGAGUCUGCCGUUGCUUCCGAAGCGUACGACCUCUUGUCUGCUGAGAAAACCGGCAGCGGCAGCAGCAGCCAAACCCCUGUCGUUGCCAUGAUGGCCAUGCAUAUCCGACAGGGAGAUCUUGUCUCGGCCAAAUCCCAGUGGGCUAUAUUAGCUUCCAAUGAUCACGUCAACGCGGAUCUCAUUCAGCCGACGGCCAUGUAUGCCGUUGCACUUCUUCGGAGUGGUCAAACUGAUGAAGGCCUCUCCCAAGCCCGCAACAUGUUUGCCAAGAUUAGGAAUGCCUCUCCCAAUAAACAAGGCCAACUCCGUGAAGAAAUCGAUGAGGCCAUUGACCUCUUCGGUCGCGUCCUCAUGCAAUCGUCGCCUGUUCUUUCAGCUCAUGCCGCCAUGACUCUGAUCUGGGCUAUGGUCGAGAAUGGUGGGCUGGUAUCGCCGGUUGCAGAACACGCCAUCGCCAGCCUCGGCCCCAUGGAGAUCUCCCAGCUCAGCGCCCACGAUCUCAAUCUCGCUCUUCAGGUCCAGGCAGGCAUGCUCAUCAAUGGAUCCCCGCUUUUUGACGCGGCGCAUCCUGCCCGUUUCGCCCACAUGCUUGAGCUGGCCAUGUCCACUGGGCUGCCGUUCAAUCACCACACGAAGCAGCUCUUAGACCAAGGCGUCUCUAAGGUCAGCGUUGCUCGUCCAGAGCUGUUGCGCAAAUGGCAGCAUUUCACACAGGGCUCCGCUAAACCGACAUUUGUGUCGCCGCGGUAUUCCCCCACCCAAAAGGUCUCCCCUGCCGUAAAGCCCACUCACCCUGAGGAUUCAUUUGAUCCCUAUGCUCAUUCAACUGAUUUCCGUGGUUCUUCCAUGAUUGCCGAAGAGCUUGAGAACACCCGUGGACGACCGGAAGAUCAUCUCAACACUGCAAUGAUCAAGUUCAGAAAUAUGCGUCGUAUUGGCAGACAUCCUCGAUAUAUCACCUAUGCCAAGCUCAUCACCGCUGCUGCCAAGUGCGGACGUAUGAAUCUUGUCCACGAGAUUUUGGGAAUGGCUAGACAUGAUGUUCCUCUAAUUCCACAGUACGGUGCGGUCAAGUACGGCUGGACCUCCAUCCUCGAUGCGAUGGUCGCAGCCAGCCUAACCGCUGGAGAACGCGGUCUUGCUGCCAAAUACCACCAAGAACUAUUGAACAUGGGCGCCGCACCUUCGGCGAACACUUUUGGUCUCUACAUCACCACCUUGAAGGAGUCGACGAAAACAUUCGACGAGGCAACGGAAGCCGUAAAAAUCUUCCACCGGGCCAUGUCUGAGGGAGUUGAACCCACGUCGUUUUUGUACAACGCGUUGAUCGGGAAACUCGGUAAGGCUCGUCGCAUCGAUGACUGCCUUCUCUACUUUGCGGAGAUGCGCGCCAAUGGUGUCCGUCCGACAAGUGUCACGUAUGGCACGAUAGUCAACGCACUCUGCAGGGUCAGCGAUGAACGUUUUGCUGAGGAGAUGUUCGACGAGAUGGAGUCGAUGCCGAACUACAAGCCGCGACCGGCGCCUUAUAAUUCGCUCAUCCAAUACUUCCUCAAUACAAAGCGUGAUCGAUUGAAGGUCCUGGCUUACUACGAACGGAUGAAGUCAAAGAACAUCGAACCAACGAUGCAUACGUACAAACUUCUCAUCGAUGCCUAUGCUUCAUUGGAGCCUGUUAAUAUGGAGGCUGCAGAGGGUGUCCUUGAGACCAUCCGGUCCACUGGCCAGCAACCCGAAGGUGUGCACUUCGCGUCUUUGGUUCAUGCCAAGGGAUGCGUAUUGCAUGACAUGGAAGGUGCCCGCAAAGUUUUCGACUCCGCGCUAUCCAGCCGUGCCGUCAGGCCACAGGCAUGUCUCUACCAGGCCCUCUUCGAAGCCAUGGUCGCCAACCACAAGGUCACCGAUACCCCCGCCCUUCUCGAGAGUAUGACGAAGGCGGGUGUUGAAAUGACACCGUACAUCGCCAACACUCUGAUUCACGGCUGGGCCACUGAGGGUAACGUGAACAACGCCAAGUCCGUGUACGAGAGUAUCGGUAUACAAAAGCGCGAACCCAGCACCUACGAAGCGAUGACUCGGGCAUUCUUAGCUGCCGAAGACCGCCAGAGUGCGUCUGCUGUUGUUCAGGAGAUGCUCUCCCGCGGAUAUCCAUCUGCUGUCGCCAGUAAAGUGGUCGAGCUCGUCAGCGGCGGCAACCCACCUACACCCGUCGGUGCAUGAUUGGAACUGGCUCUACUGGUGUUUUUUUCGGUCUCUACUGGAAUGCGUCACUGUGGUUUGAUUCGAUAUACACUCCAAAUUUCGCAUAGACACUUUUUAAAUCGUGUUUUCGACCUACCUUUUUUUUUUUUUUUUUAAGAAAAAAAGAAAGGAAGGAAAAAGAUUUUAUAUAUUUUUUUGUUUCGAAAAAGAUAUCCGGGUUCAUUUUUGAUUCAGCCCACAGCUUCUUUUCAUUUCCUUUCCAGUGAGAGAUAUACAUGCAUUUUUCUUCUUUUCUUUUUCCUUGUCUAAAAAAAAUUUUAAGAUUGUUUUUUGCAGCAUUCGGUACAUAAUCCAUAGCGGAUGGCGUUAACUUGGAUGAAGAUAUCUUACUUUUUUUGAUUUUAUUAUUUUCUCCUAUGUUAUUCGGCGGACUGGGUUCAAUUUUCCAACAUGGCUUGGGGACUUUGGCUUUUUCUUUUUUUUGCUAUUCUAUAGACACAUCUCUACUCUCUUCUGGAUCGAGGUACGAAUGGGCUCAUGAUGUAUUACCUUUUUUUGUUAUGACGUCAUGUAUCCUGGAUCUUGGAAGGCUAUAUAAUUGUGGCUUGGCGGCGAUAGAUAUGCUGUCCUUGCUACGCUGGAUAUAGGAAGAAGAAAGAAGAAAAUAUGACAUGGAAAUAUGUGUGAAUCAUGGGGUCCCCUGUAGGCAUUGUCGAUUCUGUUUGUUGAUAAAAAUGUAAUAAUACUCCGUUCCAUGGGCUGAUUUUCGGAACCGCUGAAAAAAGACUUCGUGGAAGGCCGGAAAACAAAACCAACGCAGAUAUCAGGCCAUUUU